AUGAGAAUUACACAUAAACUCUUGGAGUUGUAUAGGGAAGGAGUGGAUCUAGGACUGGAUAUCAAGCUUAACCUGUGGACUAAAGAUGGAGAAGAAUUUUUCUCAUUUUCUAGAGUUUCUCGACCCGUCAACCGGAGAAGGAGAAGAAACAGAGGUGUGAUGUCAACUCUGAAGGAAGUGAUACUACCCCAGCAAGAAGUGCAGUCUCCCUUGAAGGAAGUGCGGUCCCCUCUGAAGGAAGUGCAGUCCCCCCUUAAGGAAGUUCGGUCCCCCCUGAAGGAAGUGCGGUCCCCCCUGAAGGAAGCUAGACAACCCUUGCGGGAUGUGUCAAAGUCCCCAUGUCAGGAAAUCGGGCGCCCAUGGAAGAUUGUAAGGAACCCCGUGAAUGAAGCUAGACCUCCUCUACUAGAAGAUAGGAAAGCCAAGAUGAAAAGAGCUAGAUCUCCAUCCAUCACUUCCUGCCCUAUUCCCCAGCUUGAUGGGAUAUGUACACCAUCAACACCUAACACCAAUCUUCUUUUCAGGCCUAAGGUUACUGAGGAAUCUGAUCCUGAGUCAGCGCCUGAACCUGAACCUGAUCCUGAAUUUUCAUUGGAGGCCUUUCAGAUUCGUAUUGGAGUUCCAAAAGAUGUUUACAGGAGGCCCUAG